AUGGGCGACAAAGAAAAGCUUCACAUUGCAAUGUUUCCAUGGCUAGCUUACGGUCACGUUAUGCCAUUUUUUCAAGUGGCUAAAUUCUUUGCAGAAAAGGGUCAUCAUGUCUACUUCAUCUCUACUCCAAAAAUCAUUCACCGUCUCCCUCAAAGUGACAGUAACUUAUCUUCCCAUCUAAGAUUUUUUCAACUUCCUUUGCCUCCCGUUCAAGGUCUACCAGAAGGAGUUGAGUCCCCCGCCGAGUUGCCCAUUCAGAAAGACCAGUACCUCAAAAAAGCCUACGACAUGCUUCAACUUCCUUUAAUAAACUUCCUAAAAGAUAAUUCUCAAGUCACUUGGAUCAUCCAAGACUUUGUCUCCUACUGGUUACCCAGUGCCGCCGCUCAACUCGGUGUCUACUCAGUUUACUUCAGCAUUGUCAACGCUACCACUUGUUCUUUCUUUGGCUCAGCCGCGGAUUUAAUCAAUGGUCGGUUUCAGAAAGCUGAGGACUUGACGAUGGUUCCCCAGUGGAUAAACUAUAAUUCUAAUAUAAAGUUUAAGCUUUACGAAAUCAUGAGGGGUCACCAGGAAUGCAAAGAUUCGGUGCCUGAUUUAUACCGUUAUGGAAUGGUGCUUAAAGAUUGCCGAGCCGUGAUUGUGAGGAGCUGCCCAGAGUUUGAACCCGAAGCUUUUUCUAUAUUCGGUAAACUUCUAGAAAAACCUGUUCUUCCGGUCAGCUUAUUGCCACCAUCACUGCAAGAUUAUACUGUGGCUGAUGGCAAGUGGCAAGUGUUAAAAGAUUGGCUUGACAGUAAGAAGGACAAGUCAGUAGUUUAUGUUGCACUCGGUACUCUGUUGACUCUGAGUCAAGAACUUAUGCACGAGUUGGCUUACGGGCUAGAAAAAUCUGGGUUGCCUUUUAUUUGGGUAAUCAACAAACGGCCACUUGUUGAAGGAAAGACGGGAUCCGAUCUAGUUCCGGUCGGGUUUGAAGAUCGAAUUUCGGGUCGGGGCUUGAUCUGGACGGAUUGGGCACCUCAAAUAAAAAUCUUGGCUCAUGCAUCGGUUGGUGGCUUCUUGACUCACAGCGGCUGGAGUUCAGUUAUUGAGUCGCUUGGAUUUGGGCUGCCAUUGAUCAUGCUUACAGGGGGUUCGGAUACGGGUUUGGUAGCUAGAUUGAUGCAUAUGCGGGUCGGGUUAGAAAUAGAGAGGGAUGAGAGAGAUGGAGCAUUUACCAGUGACUCGGUAGCUGAGUCCAUUAGGCGAGUUAUAAAGGAGAAAGAGGGACAUGCACUAAGGGCAAAUGCGUGGGCUAUGAGAGAAAUUUUUGGCAACUUGGAGUUACGUAGUAAGUACCUGGAAGAGAUGGUUCGCUUCAUUGAAAAGGAUCCUGCUCCGACCCGCUCUGUUUGAGUUUGAUCCGUUGGUUUGAGCUGCUUUACAGAAUAAAUUCAUGUGUUGUCUCAUAAUUAUGCAUUUGUAAAUUACAUUUUGUUUAAUAUAAA